UUAAAAUAUUUAUUAUUGUCAGCUUUCAUUUGGUUACGAACACAACACAUUUUUUUAUAUUGCAUCCGUAAUAUUUACAAUUUAAAUAACUCACCUUGAAAACAAGUGUACUACACACUUAUACAUGUUAUAUUUCUCGAUUCACUUCAUAGUUGCGGAGAAAUAUGUAUUUAUAGUAAAAUCAGGAGUAAUAUUUGAUGUGCAUAACAGAAAUACAAGAAAUGUAAUGGCUGAAAGAAAAUCAAACGGAGAUAAAACAGAACCGGAAUUUAAAUCAUGUUCUGGGAUUGAAGAUGUCCCAGAUUUUCGAGCAUUUAUGGCAAAUCCAGUGUUCUCACUUCUUUUUAAACACCUACAUAAUGAAAACAAGGAAAUCAUUAAACAAUCUAGAGAUGCAGGCAAAAUAUUUAAAAAGCAUCGCACGUUUUCUUUAAGUAUGUUUCAAAAGUACCCAAAUUCGCCGACUGCAAACAAGUAUAUCACAGCUUGGAAUCAUUUUUCUUUAGCUUCUCAAAUAUUACAGGGCUACAAAAAGGAUAAAGUUGAAGAUUUGAAAGACUGUGAAAUUCUUUGUACGGCUUUUGAGAAUAUCGUACAUGGGUACAUUUAUGUAAAUAGUAUGUUUGAGCCAUUUCGACCACCUGAAAAUACUGGAUCUCUCAUUGAGCAAUAUCUUAGAUUCAGACCCAAUGACAUUUUUGCUGAGUAUGUUAAAGUUAUCAUUCUUGUGAGAGCCGCAUACAAUCCGGAACAAGAGAAGAAUAAACUUUUGUCUGAUUUUGAAUCUGCAAAACUCCGCAUCAAAACUUCUGAGAUGUUUGCGUCAAAACUAAGUUUGAACAUAGAUUCUCACCCGUUCCAACGAAGAAUUCUAAGCGAUGUAUAUGAUCAUCUUGGUGCAAACUACGUAUCUACAUGUCAACCUGAGCGAGCGCUAGACUCGUUUCAGAAAUCUUAUGACUCGGACCAUACAAAUUUUGGAGCGCUCUAUGGAAUUGCAUACAAUUACACCGAAACUGAUCCAACACAAGCUAUCAAGUUGCUCCUGCAAUACAUUAACUUGGCCCCAAAAUGCGAUGACAAGUAUCCGAAUGCUUAUUAUCUGAUAGCAUCCGCCUAUAUCAUGCACGGAAAUAUCCCGGAAGCAUUUCGGUACUGUUCUUUGGCAGAAGAUGCAGAGAAAGAGCGCCUAUCUUUCCUCCCGCCUGUAACGAUUCCUGAAAAGACAAAUAUGGACACCAUAAAGCUUAUGUCCGCACAGAUGGAGUUAUUGCAAAACCAAAAAGCAAUUAAAUGAAGACAUUUUUUUUAAGCACAAAUUUACCUGCAAACAAUACU